AAAUACAAAAAGUAUUUAAAAUAUUAUAAUAAAUUUAAACUAAAAGUGUUAACAACAAAUAAAAUUAAAGGAAAAUAAUAAAAAAGUUUCAUUUAGAAAGCUUUAAGUGAUUUUAGUUAAAAUUGCAGUUAAAAGAAAUGAUAAAAAUAGUGUUUGUUAAUAAAACUAAGAAAAAAAGAUUUUAAACAAAUUGAAAAAGUAAUUGUUAUGUGUCGAAGGUGGUAAUGAAGUUUAUGCCUCUUGAUUACAUUGUAUUGUUGUUGACUAUUACUUCUGUUGUUGUUUGUCCUGCUGCGGCUGAUGCUGCAAAUACUGGCUACUGCUGGUGCUGUUGGUAUUGAUGCGCUGUGUUAUCUUUGCCGUUGUUUAGUUUAUUGUUUUAGUUUACACUGCUAGUUGCCAUGGACUCAACUUGUAUUGGCAAUAAUCAGCAGCAACAACAACAAGAACAACAAGUUUAUCAUCAGCAUUAUGCGGAAUACAAGUUACUAUUCGAUACAUUAAAAAACAUUUGGCAGAAUUAUUUGCAGUCCUUCAACAAUGUCGAUGUCAAGCAACAUUGGUUACAAUUGUUUUUAUUUAACUUUCAAUUUGUCUCCGAGGAAUUACUGGAAAAUGAAGAAUUUAAAAGUUUCUUUAAUCCCAUACCUGAGGAGUUAUGUUCAUAUCUGUUAGAACAAAUCUAUGAAAUAAUCAGCAAAUCCGAUCUCUUUAUACCAACUGUGGAUAGUUUCAAAACAAGCGAAAACUCUAGUGAUAAAUAUGAGGAAAGUGAUAUUGAUGAAAAACAAACGUCUGAAAAGAAUAAACAAUUUUUACAAUUAUUAAAAAAGAAUCACAAUUUUGCACAGCUAAUACUCAAACAACCCAGUGAUUGUAGCAAAAUAAUAGCAUUGAGACAAUUUUUAACCCAUCAAUUGGGACAGCAUCUGUUGGAAUUCUUAUUAAGGGUAGAUAUUAAGUUGGUGGCUUCUCAGAAAAGUUUAUGUAAUUUGUGCAUUAACUUAUUUCCCAAUUGUCCUUGGUGGGAACAUUACCGCGAGUUGAAUAAUCAACAGAAUAUAUUUGCUUUUAUAGGCAAUUUGCAAUUCUAUCAAAAAUUUAAAUGUAAAUCCAAUAAUGAUAUUACUACUAACAGCAAAAUUACCGCUGACUUACAACCACGGAAUUUGGAAAUUGUCCCAGAAAAUAAAUCUUUAGAGGAGUUUUUACAAGCCACUAAAACCAGUGAUGAAAUAGCUUUAAUAUUAAUACAACUAUUAAUAAAAUGCAUAGAAAAUGAACGGUUUACAACUUUACACUCUGAUCAAUCGAUGUUUAUGUUGACUUUAAACUUUAGCUUAGAUUGUUUAAGCGUGGAAAAUCUGGCUUUUUCAUCGCCACAUAAUGCUGAAAUCAUUAAAUGCUAUUUGCUAAAGUUAAACGAACAAUGUCUAAACAAUCUGUUUGCCUUAACAGACAAUUCACUGCACGACAUACAAUUUCAAUGUAUAUUUGCCAAACUCAUAGCCGCCUUAGAGUGUAAUUUACAAAAUACUCGACUGCUUUACGCCUUGAUUUAUAUAAUAUUUGCCAUCUUACAUAAUGUGGUGGCAGUAUAUAGCCAGAAAACUUUAUGGAAUGCCAAAGUCAAUCUAUAUAAUUUAAAAUUUAUAGAUGAAAAUAUCAUCGACUGUUGUCUCUCUACCAUGGAACACUUGCUAAGACAUCAACCACCCGAGCAGGAAGAUAUAAAAUCCUUAUAUCAUUUAAUAUUUCGUACAUUACUAAAAAUCAUAGAAAAUUUAAAUAAAUACGAUAUGAUGAUUUCAACCAUAAGCAAUAAUUAUUUCAAUACCACCAAUCUUACAACCGCUAAACCAGCACCAGUGCGUUAUCGAAAAAUGAAAACCAAACAAAUGCACUGUUUAUCUAGUGUACCUAAGUUAUCGUGCUAUUUUCAAAAUAUUCUCAUAACAAUACUACCUACUUUACCCAAGGAUCUACAAGAACAAACUAUGCUCUAUUUAGCACGUUCCGGCUUAUGUUGCUGCCACUAUAACUUGGCUUUAUUCAAUAGCAUAUUGAGUAUUAUUUUCAAUGUAACAGCCUAUUAUCAGAAAUGUGCCUACAAAUUUCUUUAUAACAAAAUGUUAAAUACUAUUUUCCUAAAAUCAACGCAGGAAAAUUCAAACUCUACGCAAGUCUCUUUGUAUUCAAAACGUUCUGGAAUGGUUAAUUGUAUGAAAUGUGAUAUGAAAUUGAAAUCAUUGGAUUUUCAUCAAGGUCUUUUGCAAAUUUAUAAAACUUUUUAUAAUAAACUACAAAGUAAUAUGGAACAUUUAACGAAUCUCAUAUAUUUCCUAAAACAUCUCAAACAUUUGGCAUUUCUGCUAACCAACGAUAUUGCUACUGGUAUAUUGGCGGAAAUAGUUUUACCUAUAUUUCGUGAAUAUAAGUUACAUUUAUUUGCCCAGAAAAGCCCCCAGAAUACCUCCCCACAACACAGUUUGAAAUUUUGGCAAAAAACUGCCUCAACUGAAACUACACCCGUAAGAAAUUCGAAUCUUCAUUUAAUCAUAGAUUCAAGUGAUAAUACAAAAGAUGAUAUUAGCAGAUUACUGUAUGAAUGUUUAAAUAUAUUUGCCAUGUAUCUAAGAGAUAUACGGCUAAUAAAAGCCUUCUAUAAUGAGGAAAAUAUUCGACAUUUGGAAGAUUUACUGGAGGAGCCUUUUUUAAUAAGAGCUGUAUGUGAUCUAAUUAAAAUAGGCAUUGAUAACAUAACAUUUUUGGGUGAUAAUAAUCAAGAACAAAUUAUUUUAAGCCGUAGACUGAUUACAUUACAAUUCAAUAGUUCGGAAAGGGCUCAACUAUUAUUUAAUUCCCUCUUAACAAAAGCCAAAAAUCAAAACAACAGCUGUGCAACACAAUUUUGGUUAUUUGAAAAUACAUCGCUAACAACAGCUACGAAAUCCAAUACCUUACAAUUGAAAACUGUAGACAUUUUGCAUAUAGUAGCUCUACAAUGGACUCUUAAUUAUGAACUUUUAAAAACUAGUCAAUAUUUCUACAAUGAAUUCGCAAAAAUAUAUUCAAUUACUAAGGAAGAUGAAGAAGAUGAUGCAGAAAUGCAGGAUGAGAGUGGUCAACAAUUAAAUAAUUCCCCCAUAAAUACAAAAAUGUCUCUGAAACCGGGUGAUAAAACUAUAAUAGACAUAUUACAAUUGAAUUAUAAUGCCUUAACGGCAUUCUUAAUGUUACCACCUAAACGUAAAUUAAAAACUCAAAAAUUGUCUAUGAAAUCUAAACAACGUCCACAACACAAUCAUAAAAUAAAUGAUUAUCAACAACAAGAAUACAACAUAUCAAACAAUGAUUUCGAUUCAAGCUGGGAAAUAUUAGAAAAUUUUAUUAAUUCCAUACACUCUAUAGAAAUGUCAAACAGCACCACUAACACAUCACUGCUAACGACAUCGAAUUAUUCUAACGCAACCACAACAACAUUUAGUUUAUAUUCAGCGCAAGACUUAACAACAGCUCUUGAUGUAACGGAAUUUCCACAACAGUGUAAAAAAGCCACAUCGUUUCUAUUGCAACUAAAUCAAAAGGAUACUUUACCACUAAGCGAAAGUGUUUUAAAUGAAAGUAUUACAAUUUUUGAUAUACGCAAUCAAAAGCAUUUUCAAAAAAGUCUUCAAAAUAUUGCUAAAGAAACAACCACAACAAAAAACUCACCCCCGUCUACAUCACCCUCUUCUUCAUCUACCACCCUCUUUAAAGACACCUUUAACUAUUAUUACUCAGCUGAUGACCCCAAAACGCUAACAGCCAAUGUAGCUGCACAAGUUUCAAAUGAAAGCAUUAUCUACAAACUAUUUAAUAUAUUCGGUUCAAUAUUCUCAUUAAGUCGUACAAAUUCUUUAAUUGAUUUAAACAAAAUAUCAGAUACAGUCAAAGAAGAAGAAGGUGAAUACCACGAAGAACCUCACGAUAUAGAUGUUGAUUUAUUGCCUCUGUAUGAAACACACAGUGAUUGCAAAAAAUUAUUAUUAAAAAUUUUCGAAGCAACUAUGGCCAUUUGUAUUAAGGGCUAUCAAAAUGAAGAAGUGGAAAAAAUGCAAAAACAUUUGCGUAAACUGAAAAGUGUUAUAUUAACAAACGCCUGCAAUAAUUGGGAACAACAUUCGGAAGAGCACACAAGAGAAAAUACUGUUAUACAAACGUUGCAAUGUCUACUCAAGAUAGCCGAACUAUCGAAUUGUGCCAAUGAACCGGCUGCAGUUGUUAGUACAAGUAUUUUAACCACAGUUACCGAAGAUCAAACAAAUCUAAAUGAGUUGAGACCACGAACUAGAUCAUUUAAUAGUUCGCGUUUGGGAGGAGGUAUUUCCUAUAAUUAUCAUCAAUUAACUACAGCUUUGCCAAGUAAAAAUGCCAUCCUAACACCCACUACUCCGCCCCAGAGACCUUUGUCCGGGGAAAGUGGUGAUGCAGAUUAUUUCUCUACGCGAGCUUCGUACAUUUGUGCAGACAGUGAAUUGGAAUUUAGUGAAAAUGAUCAAGAUGAUUUUUAUCUAACAGCCGAUGAAGGCUAUGAAGCGGAUGGUGAAAUUCAGGAAGUUUCCGAAACCGAGGGCAUGUCUGAAGUAGGAGAACUAUGGCAUUCUUUUCAACCCUCCUCCCGCUAUCGAACACAUAUACUGCAUGAAGGCAUAUGUCGUUUAGUGGUGGAUAUACUAAUUGAGCUUAGCCAGAAAUGCUGUGCAAAUCCUUUGGGUUGGUGUGAUAAUUUAGCUCAAUUAAUUAAUCGUCUUUUUGUGAUACGUGAAUACUUGGGUGGCCCUUUAUUUUUACUCCGCGGUUUUGCACCUGUACUGAAAUGUCAUGAUGUUCGUUUGAGAGAGUUGCAGCAAUGUAUUUUAGAAUUAAUUAUAGACUUGAAUUCACCGGAAGUUCUAUCAAUAUUUUUUGGUAUACUCUCGUCGAAAAAUCCACCUGUAGAUAUAUUAGUGAAAUAUAUGAAUUAUAUUUGUGCCAAUACUUUAAAGAAAUGUCAGCCGAGCGUGGAGUUGGAGUUUCCAGUUCAUAUUGAUGGCAAAUGUGUUUCAACGAGUGAUCUAGAGGUCACUGAACAUAUCGAUCGUAUACGUAAUUAUCAUUUAAACUGCCAAGCUAAUACACCUUUUACAAGAUCACCUUGUAUUAUGCCCCUCACACAUGCACGUCUCUGGAAUCCCGAAGGUUUUACGAUAUCUCUGUGGUUACAAGCCAAAGGCUCACAAAAUCACAAAAGUACCAGUCAAAUUAUCGAAGAUGAUACCAGAUCUUCAAGUGAUGUAUAUAUGAAAACUCACAUCUUGUCGGUGGGUACAAAUCAAGCUAUGCUUAGCAUAUAUUUAAACAAUAAUCUGAAUUUAACUUUUGAAACGUUUAAACCAAAUGCUGAAAUGCCAGCAAAGUCCAACCAAAUGGAUGAAACAUUAGAUAUUAAACCAAAUGUAGUUAUCAAUGGCACACAAAGUCCUGAAAACAAAAUAAGUAAAAAUCACCAUUACAACAAUCAUUUUAAUCAAGAACCAACAGCUUCGAGUUCCGGGCCCGCAACUGGUAUGACUUCUCCCUUUUCGAAAGCUUUUAAAAACACAAAACAGGCAUUUCUUAACAGUUUUAGCAAUAUGCAUCUAUUUAACGGUCAUGCCGAAACAGAUGCUUAUUAUGAAAGCACUCAUGUUGAUUUGAAACAAUUCCGUUUGAUUAGAAACAAAUGGACACAUCUUACUUUUGCAAUAGACAUUUUGGCUGAUAGUUUGGAUAUGUGCCUACUUAUCGAUGGUCUAGAACAACAUCGAAUACAGUUGCCAUUCCGCAAUAUACGUUUACUAACCAGAACUCAUAACUUUCAAAUGAUUGCACUUGGUGAUGGCAUAGUAUCUCGUUCUCCCAACACUACCACCUUCAAUGAGUCACGCUCAACUUUAGAUUGUUUUCCUAUUCGCGUAUCCAUUUCCAAUUUAAUGCUCUUUAAUCGUCCACUCAAUAAAAAAGAAGAAAUUUUAAAUUUAACUGCCAUGGGUCCCGAUUUUACCGAAUUGACACAAUGUCAUGUGGCUAAUUGGAAACCAAAUUAUGGUUAUUUAAACACAAAUAAAUUACAAACAGCCUAUUUUUGCAAUUACGUCGAUUCUUUGAAAACUUUACGAGAUUCACGAAUUUUAUGUUAUAACGCUUCACAACCAGAUAUGGUCAUGUGCUAUGAUACCAGUGUGGAAUUGGAUAAUAUUACAUACGGUCAUCCUUAUGGCGUAAUACAUUAUGGCGAACUUGUGCAGAAUAGUUUGCCUUCUUUGCAGACAGCUACAAUUUUAUGUGGAGGUCUAUCGAAUCUUUUAUAUUUAUUUGCGAGAGUUGUCGAAAUUAGUUCUAACUCUUUAACUCAAUCUAUGGCUUUAGAUAUUUUACUCAAUAUUGCCUUUUCCGAAUCACAACUAUACACUGAAUUUCAACGUAAUGAUUACAUUAAUCUCAUUGGUUAUGUCAUCAAAACGGAAAGAUGUACCAAAGAUUGUAAUCUACUCAAAAGUAUUAUAAACAAUGCCUGCUCUCAACCUUUGAUAUUGAAAAAAGGCGAUUUACUGCAAGUUAAUGAUACAACCAUCGCAACAGUGGUCUAUCCAAAAUUGUUUACUUCUAUUUUACAUAGAUAUUCAGAUUGGCAUCGUUCCGGUGCCGAAAAUUCAGAUGUUCUAGAUAUGCUCUUUCAAACAAUAUUGGCAUUAACACGAGAAAAGCAUCCGCAGCGCGAUUUUAAUAUCGAACAUUUUACCAAGGAGGGCUUAAUGCGAGAACUUUUAAAUUUGUGCAAAGUUUAUGUUAUUGAAUCACCAAAUCCAGUAUUUAUAUCUAAAAAGGCAGCUGAGGCAUUUGUUAAUAUUAUAUCGGUUUUUGCUGGUUCACCACCUAAACCUUGUCUCUUAGAUGAAAUCAUGAAAUUAAUGUUGCUAUUACACAAACCCAGUGAAUGCUAUAUUACACACGAUAGAUCCAAGUUUUAUUUUCUCUUAACACCAGAAAUACCCAUCAAAGAAAAAUCUUCAUUUAGUACUGCACUUAAAAGAAAUUCUACCAAACGCAACCAACAGGGAGGAGCAAAACCCCUAAGCGAUCUUAAUACCAAUUCAAAUUCAACAAACUCCUCCAACAGUGAUGUGGAUCCUGCUAGGCAGGCACGUAUAAACCGUUUAAGAAAGUUACAUAAAACUGUGUCAGCCUAUAAAAGACCUUUAGAUGAAUUUGAAGAAAAUUUGGAAAAUAUGGCUGAUUGUACGAAACUUAAUAAAAACGCCUUGCGUUUAGUAAAUCCUUUGGAGGCGUCCAAAUGGCGUUUAAAGUUUAAAAAAUCCUCUAUUCUAUCUACACCUAACAGUCCUAUUAAACAUACACAUACGCAUUCGCCUCAUAAAUCCCGUGCAUUCAACAAGAUGUCGUCAUUCCUCAAGCAGUCACCCCAAAAUAAAAGAAUACAAAGAAAACGUAUACGUUUACAUAGUGCCAGUUCGGCUCGUUCUUUGGCGUUGGGUGAUGGUGAAAAACACAUGCGUUUGACAACCAGAAAAUCAGAUUCUAGUUUACAUUCUUUGGCUGCUUCAUUGAAUAUGGAUCACACCGAAUGUCCUAGUUUAAAUGAGGUUUUCAAUUCAAAAUCCACUUUGCAGCAGAAGAAAUCUAAAAUACUGCAUAAAACUGAUACUUUUAGUUCUGUAGGCAUAGCAGCCUUGCAAAGUGGGUUGUUGCUGUUACUUAAAGAUUUUCUUUGUCUUUUACCAGACACCGAUAUCGAUGAUGUGCUCAAUCAUUACAUCAAAGUAGAAUUCUUAUUAGUUUUAGCUAAUCACAAUAAUGCUGGCGUACGUUCAGCCGUUAUCAAACUUAUAAGUGCUUUAACACAACGCUUAUUUCCCCAAGAUAUACAAGCUUGUACCAGGGCUUUGUAUCCUCAUCAUUUGGCCAAUCAGCUAUCGGUGGGCUUUUGCGAUAGCAACAUGUUUGAAGCUUGUCUAGAGUGGGUUUGUGGUACAAUGGGCUCUUUGGAUUCCAUACUUAAUUGUGGAAUUAAUCUGCAUAUACAAAAUCGUUUCGGCUUAAAUGCUUUACUAGCCAUAGCUUCGAAAUCAGCUGCCACAACUAAUAUUCAGCUGGAAUUUACCGGAAAGGCGUUUAAAGUUCUCAAGCAAUUAUACUUAGAGAAUCCUGAAGAUCAACAAACUAUUAUUGAUGCUGGUCUCAUACAAUGCUGUGUUAAAGCUUUAUAUCAUCUAUAUUCUAAAACAACAUCGUAUAACAUAAAGACUGAGGAAUCUAUUGCAGAUUUAUUAACCACCAUCGGUGAAAUAUCUCUUAAAUCAGUAGGUCAUAUCAAUAUAAUUUGGGACGUUAUUAAUAUGCUGUCUUUCUAUCAAGAAAAGCAGCCACAAAACAUUAUCAAAGGUUAUCGUUCCAUUCAAGCCAAACUACAAAUGAAUUGGUUGAAUUUAUUUUUCGUAAAAACAAAUGUACCCUGGAAUUUUAAAGUUUGUCAAUUUCCGAAUUUCUCUAUGUCCGAGACAAAAACACGAUUAGAAUUACUAAUUAAUCGUUGUUGUCAAUUUUACAUGGUCUUCAAUGAAAAGUCAACGCCUACACAAAAUGAAACGGAAUUAUUUAAACUAUUGGUAUCCUAUAGCAUUGCAACAAAUCAACGUUGCAACAAUUUCAUAGCCUGGGGUCUACAACCCUCUCAGCCUAGAGAUUUACGUUGUUUUAUUGUCGAUGCUUUAUGGAUAUCAUGUGAGGAUGAUUUUAUGCCCGCCAUUAUAUGUGAUGGUAAAAUGAUUAAGGCUCUAUUAUGGUUAAGUCUGCUAGAAGAUUUAGAUGAACCCAUUGAACAUUUACAAGCUUUAUGUAAACGUUUGGGUAUUAAUGAGAACGAUUCAACUUGGAAUUUAGAAAAUGAAUUACAACGUAUGGACUUGCAUAAAACAGAUGAGACGGUAAAACAGAAAACAUCUUUGGAAAAGACGAUUUAUAAAUUUGAAUCGUUGACACAGGGAUGCAUUGAAUCAUCAAUGAUAACGACACGUAGAGUGGCAGAAUUACAAAAUUCUGAACGUAAAUUAUUAAUGAAUCAUAUGAAGGAUUAUGACGAUACACAUACAUAUACCAAAUGGCUAGAAAUAGUCAGAAGAUUAACUCAUGAGGGUGCUCCUUGGUUUAGUGAACAUAAUAGUGAAAGAUCUUGGGAAUUAGAUGAUACCGAAGGACCAUCUCGUGUACACACACGUUUGCGUAAAUGUCAUUUAGAUCUUGAUAAACGUUUCUUUAUGCAAGACUUUAAUGAGUCGUCCAUAUCGAACACAACAACAACAACAAAUGAAUGUGACACCUCUACACCAGCUAAACGUUCAGAAUAUUCACGACCUCUAGAAUAUCUUAUCUCCAGUUAUGAUCAACAGUUAAACAUAUCAUUAAAUUCACAAAUACUUUAUAAUUUUCCUGCAAAAUAUCUACCAGUCGAUGGUGAAAUUGAUGGCGAAAUAAUUGUUACCGACCAUAAACUAUACUUUUUAGCUACAUAUCGUUGUAAAUACUUUUACGUCAACUGUGAUAUUUCUAACAUAACGGAGAUUUGGUUAAAACGUUAUCAGCAUCAGGAAAAGGCUUUUGAAAUUUUUCUAGACACAAAUCAAUCACUAUUCUUCUCAUUGCAAAAUCAAGAUGAUUGGAAAAUAAUGCGCGAUGUAUUCUGCGAUAAAAUUGUAACACCACCCGAGAAUAGUAAAGUUCUCUUGAUAACGCAACAAUGGCGUGAAGGUCUUUUAACCAAUUGGGAGUAUUUAAUGACACUUAAUCAAAUAGCCGGUCGUACAUACAAUGAUCUCAUGCAAUAUCCAGUAUUUCCUUGGAUUUUAUCGAAUUAUACAUCAGAUAUUUUGGAUUUAACGGAAACGAAAAAUUUUCGUAAAUUACCCAAACCUAUUGCGGUACAAAAUGAAGAAAAUGAACAGCAUUACAUUAAUAAUUAUACGUAUAUACAAAAUACCAUGACCAACAUGGGUUCAAUGAUAUUGAAACCCUAUCAUUACAGUUCACAUUAUUCAAAUUCUGGCACAGUAUUGCAUUUUUUGGUAAGAGUGCCACCAUUCACUAGUUAUUUUUUGCGUUACCAAGACAACAAUUUCGAUAUACCCGAUCGUACUUUUCAUGCUCUAAGUACUACAUAUUGCUUGGCUAGUCGUGAUUCACCCACAGAUGUUAAAGAACUAAUACCCGAGUUCUUUUGUUUGCCGGAAAUGUUUGAAAAUUUCGAACAUUUUAACUUUGGUUGUCGACAAAAUAGUGAACGUGUCGAGGAUGUGGCCCUGCCACCUUGGUGCUUAAAAGAUCCCCGGCUAUUUGUGUUAAUACACCGUCAGGCUUUGGAAUCAGAAUUGGUACGUAAUAAUCUUCAUCAUUGGAUAGAUUUGAUAUUUGGUUUUAAACAAACUGGCGAGGCGGCUGUAGAAGCUAUAAAUGUUUUUCAUCCGGCGACAUAUGCUGUAUUCUUAGAAUCGGAAAUAAACGAUCCUAUUGAACGCGAAGCAGUAGAAACCAUGGUUAAAACUUAUGGCCAAAUGCCACGUCAGCUCUUCAAAUCACCGCAUCCUCCCUCGAAGCCUUUGCAAUAUCAAAAUGAUAAACAAAUACUAUCAAGUGUACGUGGCUUAAGAUGGGGUAUUUAUUUAGGUUCUCCCCAACUGCCCGAGCCCACAUUAGGCAAUACUCAUAAGUUAAUGGGUGCGGAAUAUUUAUUGUCAUUUAAUAAUACCAAUGUGGUUUAUGGUUUACCCUCACGUUCAUGUGUUAUGCAGGGUGCCGAAAGCGAUACAUACAAUGUUAUUUCGUGGGGUUACGACGAUCGAAUAGUUCGAAUACAACCUCUUAAUAAAUUAAAUGCUAAACCUAAGAAUUUAUUAUAUAAUAGUGCUUUCGAUGAUAUUACCGCCUGUGGCUGUGAUGUUAAUUCUAAUCAACUUUGGUUUGGCCAUAAGUCGGGUAGGAUUUCCAUCUACAAAUGUUCCAGUAUAGAGGCAAGUCAGCGUACGGGUAAAAGUCGCCAAAGUUAUGUAAAGGGUCUUAAACUCUCGUAUAAUUCGGCUUUUCGUAAAAUAACUAGUAAAACCAUGGAGUCAGAGGGUGAUUUAACCUCAUCGACCAUAUCAUCGAAUUCUUUAAAUUUAGCGGAAGCGGCUAUUUAUAAAGAAGGAGCUGAUUUAACCUGGUCUGGUCCUACAGUAUUAAUACGUCAUACAGAUGAGAUAACCUGUAUAGCAUUGUCGGUGGACUUUAAAAUAGCGGUAACGGCUGGAAAAGAUGGUCUUGCUGUUAUAUGGGAUUUAAAUAAUUGGUCUUAUGUCCGCACUAUAGAACGUCCUGCAGAAAUUCACCAUUCACCCAUAACAUUACUAACCAUAUCACCAACAUUGGGUGAUAUUGUAACUGUUCACUCAUUGACACAACAACAAACAACCCUCUCAGACCAUAACCUGCCAGAAAAACAAAAUUAUUUAUCGACAGCUGCAGCCCCUCCACCUGCAGAUGAAUGUUUUGAGGUAACUGAAGAGAAUCUGGAUGAUUUUGUUAAUGUUUCCAUAAAUCCAAAUGGAAAAUCUAUUUUACGUUUACAUUCGGUAAAUGCCCGUUAUGUGCAACAUAAUGUUCAUGAAGAUCGCAUCAUGGCUGUAUGCUACUCCUAUAUAAAAGAGGGUGUUGGUGUUAAUGUUAUUGCUACAGCGGUUGAGGGUGGUAUUGUACGCCUGUGGUCUAGUUGGAAUUUAAGUUUUAUUACCGAAAUUGUUACGGGCUUAUCAAAUAUAAGAAGCCUUACCUAUUCAACACAUCAACAUUUGGUGGUUUUAACAGAACAAUCUCAUAUUCAAGUUUGGGAAACUAAAGGACUGUGUGGCAAUUCACCAAAAUUUCCACAAAUUGCUUAUAAAUAAAAAAGACUUUAAAACUUAAUAUCAUUUUUGCAAAAAAAAAAAAAAACUAACGAUCAAUUACGAAACAUAAUAUAAUUAUAAUUAAUCAUCAUUUACACUUAACCUAUAUUUUAUUAAGCAAUCAUUAUGUAUUAGGGUUGGAUCUUAGAUACUCGUAAAGUUACUUUAUUUAGUUGUAACAUAAAAAAUAAGAUAAAGGCUUUAAAAGAAACAAAAUACACACACACACAUGUAAAUAAAUUGAAAAUUUAUUUUUUGAUAA